AUGGGUGCUCGAAAUGGGGGCGAAUUCGAAUUGCAGGAUGAGAUCAUCAACUGUGCGGGCGGCGGCAGCGGCAGGUAUUUCAAUAACCGCCAAUUCCCCAGAUUAAGUUCCGAAUCCGCCAUGUCUUGCUCUCUGGUUCGGGGGUCUCAAAGGAAACUCAAUGUUUACUUACCCCAAGUUCUGAGGCUUCACCAACAUGACGACACCUCAUGCAUGGAUAUCGGAAUGAUGAACAUGCUUCUUGCUGCUUGCACGUGUGUGGCCAACGGUCAAGCGCCGAUCAUGAACCGGUCAGGCGGUGAGGUGCAUGCGUUUUGGUGGGGCGGUGUCGCGGGCCGCCAAUGCCGUUAUUUCUUGCCCGCUGUGCUUGCUGCAAUUGUUGCUGCUGCUGCUAAGGCAAGUCACUACUGUCAUCCACCUGCCUGCGUUACUGCGUAUCAUGCCAUUACUUCCCCAUUGCCCUGCGAUUUGCGGCUUGAGCUGCCCCCCAAGCUUGUAAAGGCCAAGAGCCCACCCCAAGGAAGGCCCCAACCUCUCUCCACGACCCCGCAGAGAAACACCAAGACAUCCAGACAAAGGAGACUCUCACGAUACCUACGAUACCACACCAUGGCUCCAUCAAAACGAAAAGACCCCAAAGCAUUUCCUACGCGCCAACUGGCCGUUCUCGGUACGCCCAUCCCCAUCCUCUCUCUUCCAACUUUCCCCUCCGUCUCAUUCUCGACAAACUCAGAUAAGGAAUCUCCUCUUCUUAUCAGCGCUGUCCAGUGCCAUUCAAUGGAACACACUGCGACUCCCAUCGCCUUCAAUUCUAUCUUGGCCUACACCUAUAAGAUGGUCAAGGAUCUCGGCAUGGAGGAAGACGCCGGUUUCUACGCAGGUCUUUUGAUCUCCGCCUACGCCGUCGCCGAGGCCAUCACCUCAAUGGGAUGGGGAACCCUGUCCGAUCGCAUUGGUCGCAAACCAGUCGUGCUAUUUGGUCUCGUCGGUGUCGCCAUCUCCAGUCUGAUUUUUGGUUUCGCAAAGACGUAUUGGGUUGCCCUACUCGCCCGUUUUGUUGGUGGCGCUCUCAACGGCAACGUUUCCGUCAUGCAGACCAUGGUGGCAGAAAUGGUCAAAAAUCCCGACCAUGAGCCCAAGGCCUACGCCGUCCAACCCUUCGUAUGGACACUGGGCGGCAUUAUUGGCUCUGCCAUGGGCGGUUUCCUCGCCCAACCCGCCGUCUACUACCCUUCGGUCUUCUCUGAGGAUGGCAUUUUCGGCCGGAAUCCCUACUUGCUUCCGAAUCUCGUGUCCAUGGCAGCAAUCUCCCUGGCCGUCUUGCAGGGUGCUUUCUUCUUGGAGGAGACUCUCGAAUUCGAGGAGGACGAUGACCUCCACAACGGUCGCAAUAGCGUCGCCGUGGACGAUGAUGACGCCGUCGAUGAGACCACGCCCCUGCGCCGCGCACCCAUCCGGACCUUCAACCCGCGACGUUCCAUUUCCACUAGCCAUUCGCGACCGCGCUUCGCCGAAUCGAGCUUGCCUUUGCCAUUCGAGCACGACUUUGACCUCAGGAGAUCGUCCUUUGGAACGGUACACUCAAUCAAGGUCAUCCCCGAAGACCUGCGCCAACACCUCCUGAACUCGCGUGCCCAGGCGACGGGGCAGAAGAAGGUCAAGACGUUCAACAAGACCGUCGUCAUGCUUAUCAUUGCCUUCAUCAUCUUCUCGUACCACCAGAUGGCCGCCGGUACUCUAUUGCCCACGUAUCUGCUCGACGAUCCUUCCGACCUGAAGCACCCGCGCGGACAACUCGAUUUCCGGGGCGGUCUGGGAUACUCCCUCCACGAUGUCGGUGUGUAUCUGGCCAUCAACGGUAUCCUUGGACUGCUCAUCCAGGGUCUUAUUUUCCCCAUCUUUGUAGAACGCGUCGGUGUUUGGGGCUCCUUCAUUUCCAUGAUUAUCGUAUACCCAACUGCGUACUUGCUGCUGCCCUUCUUGUCCGCCCUACCUGAAAGCCUCACCGAGGCUGGUAUCUGGUUCUCCCUCAUCAUGCAGAGUUUCUACGGCAUCAUCAUUGGCCCCGUUACCCUGAUCCUGAUCAAGAACGCGACGCCCACUUCGCAAGCCCUCGGAAAGGUCAAUGGCGUAGCCAUGUCCGGUGCCUGUCUGGCGAGAACCGUCUCCCCGCCUCUCGUGGGAAUCAUUUACAGUUUCGCUGGUUCUGCUGCCGCCUGGUUUAGCUGUGCCCUCUUCGCCGUCAUCGGACUGAUCCAGGUCAUCUGGGUGCCCAAGAAGCACAUCGACGUGGACCACGUGGAGAUUGACAAUGCCAUUUCGAGACGUUUCUCGGUUACGUGGAUUAUGACGAAGCUUCGAAAUGUCUGCAUCUACCGGGGCGAGGGGGAGUUUCCCAACGACCAUCCUGAUUAUUUUGGCUUCUUUGACCCUUCCAUCUUCCUCACCAUACCUUUGUUGCGUUCAAUGGCAUUGGCAUAUGUGCGAAGCUGUGCGACAACAUUCCUCAUUUAA